AUGUCCCAAAUAUACGACUGGCUCGUCCAGAUUCCCAUCAAUGCAGACGACAUGGAAGCGUGGGCCGAAACCCGUGAGGCGCACCUCUCGCACCUUAAACCCUACGUCUUGGACAGGACCGUCGUCUUCGCGGGUCCGACCCUCUCACGGCAUCCAAAGAACCCCGACGACCCGCUCGAAAUCACAGGCAGUGUCUUGAUGCUGCGAGCCGGUACAGAGCUGGAAGUGCGGGAUAUCAUCGCGAAGAAUCCGUUUGUGGAGGCAGGGGUGUGGGAUAUGGAGCGUGCUCUAGUUCAGCCAUUCAAGUGCGGUGUCAGGACUGCUUAA